AAUCUAUACGCAGCCGGCUGCUCCGUAAAGUGUGGUGGCUUCCACGCGGGCCUUCCGGGAGACGCGAGAGCAGCUGGUGAAAACGCGACACUGACCGCUAAAUGACGUCACGCGAAGAAAGUGGCCACCACGCGAGCCGGCCCGCUUCAGUCUUGGCCGGAGCCCCGCCGAGCACGCGCGCGAAAUGGACGAACGCAAUCCACAAUAAACCAACAAUGUCAAUCAGGCGAUUUUUGAGCGCGGUGCGGUCCGCGCGCGAAGCGAUUUCUAGAAGUGCACCGAUGGCCGAUGGGCUCAUCAAAUCAUUGCUGUCUUUAAUGGUUAUAUUCUGCAUUGCUCUGUCGUCGCCGCCGUCGGCUAGUGCGAAGCCGUUUACGUUUAGUUUUCCCACUGGAUGGUCUUUAGCGGGUUUGGUGGGCGGUGUGGGGGCCAGGUCUGACGAUGAGCUCCGGGAGCCGGCGGCGGGAGUGAAGCCCUACACGGGGAGACGGGUCGGCAAUGACACGUUGAGGAUGGUGUACUUCCACGACCAGACGGUGGCUGUCGUCGAGCUCGGCCCUGGGAAGCUGCUGCUCAACUGCGAACUUAUCGAAACCUACGACGAAGACGAUACGAACCGACUGCUGCGUCAGCUCAGCCGCAUCAACCGGCCCUACGGAGUGACCUUCAGCCAGAUGAUCAAGCUGAUGUCCCAGUGCCAGCAGAUCACCCCCCGCCUCCGAGAUCAGUUGGAAGGCACAGAGAGCUCCGACGACAGCCUCCGGGGCGACAGGGAGGGCGCCCAGCCGACGUGGAAGCCGGAGGGCGGCGGGGAGGGGGAGGCGCGCGCGCGGGCGAGGCUGGACGCGGGCGGCGCGCACGCAGGCUUGCUGGGCGGCAGUCCGCUCACGCUGCUGCAGGGGAUCAUACCUGGGACAAAAUGGUGCGGCACCGGGGACAUCGCGUCGGACUACCACGACCUGGGCGCAGACCGGCGGCUGGACCGGUGCUGCCGGACACACGAUCUCUGUCCUACCAAGGUCCGCGCAUUUUCGCAGCGGUACAACUUGACCAACAACUCGCUCUACAGCAAGUCGCACUGCACCUGCGACGACAUGCUCUUCGACUGCCUCAAGACGACCAACACCUCCGCCUCCCACCUCAUGGGACACAUCUACUUCAACCUGGUCCAAGUGCCUUGCCUCGAAGACAAACCAGACGGCAGAAAGUUCAGAGAGGCGAAACAAGGCUUCUAACGCCAUCUAGCGGCGAGUAGCUCAAUUCCGAACAGCGCCAUCUAGUGUUAGUCGAAUGUCUGUAUUUUUGCACAGAGCUGUUGAUAUUUUUUGCAUUUAAAUUCACUUUUAUCUUGUAAAUAAUAAUCUAUGUAUACGUCUUAUAAAUUGUACUAUCGUUAGACAUCAAACUGUGAUAUGUCUGUGCCUUAAUUGUUAGACGAUGGCGCUAUACAAAUGUUUAAGAAACAUAACAUGUGUGUUACUCUAAGAGAUUUAUUUAUUUGUUGCCUACCGGUCAUUACCAUGACAAAAUGGGUUGCUAUUGCUGUAUUUUAUUUCAUGUUAAAAGACAAAGAUAUUUUGUAAUUACGUAGAUUAGAUUAAUAAAAGAUAGUAGUUAUUAUGAACUUGAAUGUGAAUUAGAUAAUACCAAAUAAAUUUAUUUAUUAUAAACAUUAUGUA